UCCAAAAUUUAGAACUAUAAUACAUUACGUAAAUUACAGAUUUUUAAUAUUAGCAGUGCAUUUUAGAACGCAACCAAAUGUAUCGACUGUGUUUCCUAAAAGAAAAGCAGCCUGUGGCUCAUGGAAUCAUUUCAUCCUUGUCAUUUAUCAAAUGUUAAACAAGGAGGCCACGCACUCUAAACAUAAAUUGAGAAAGCAGCCCAAGCGUGUAUUUUUUUUGCUUUUCUGAAAGGACACGACAGGAAUUUAAAAAUGGCGUAUGUUUACACCUUCAAAAAAAUUCGAUUAAUGUUUGAUGAUUGAUGUUGAUGUUUAAUGAGCAUUAAUGAGAUGCGAUGUACUAUCAGCUUUAGCUCGUCAUUCGAGCCUUAACCUCAAGAGUUUUAUUCUGAACUUUAUUCGACUUUAUACGAAGCGGUUAAUUUUAAGAUCUACAGUACACCAAACAAUUAAACAAUGGCAGAAAAAGGUGCUCAUUUGACAGGAACUGCAUACAUCAGACCUUCUAUUUUCGAAAUUAUUGCACAGGAAUCGCUUGCGUCUACUCUUGAACCAGCCUUUAAUAAAAUUCUUUCGUUUCUUGUGUCUUUUAAUAUGGAAAGAUAUGGACAUAUUCUUAAAUGGACAGAUGAAGGAUAUUUAAUUUUUAAUGCACUUCUUCAACGAUAUUAUUUAAAGAAAUACUCUGCGUCAUUUUCUGAAACAUUUUAUGGUUUAAAACGUGUCACAGUACAUAAUUCUAAAUUAAAAGAAAGAUUAACAUCUAAAAAACAAAUGUUAUCAUUAAUAUUAAUUGUGACAUUUCCAUAUUUAAAAAAUAAGCUUGCACAAUAUAGUUUAAAAUAUAAACUUCAAGAAGUGGACAAUCUUGCAUCGACGGAACAGAACAGAGAAAAGUUUUUCCAUAAAUGUAUCAUUAAAGGACAUUCAUUUUUCUUCAUAAUAUACGAAACUCUCGUACUGUACAGUUACAUACUCUAUGUAUCUGAGAAAUCAAUGUACCCAUCACCUUUACUAAGGCUGCUGUCCGUUACAUUAACAUAUGCCGAUCCACAAUCUGCUCUCACUAUUACUGAAUUAUUAAGAAAAAUAAAAUAUAAUUCCUUCACUAUUAGUGAUGGAUGGAAUAUAUUUCAAAGAAUCGUUACUGGAUCUCUCGAAUUGGGAGCUUUCUUUUUACAAUUUCUUUCUUGGUGGAGUCAGGAAAAUUAUAACAUGAAUAUUAUGAAUCUUCCAGCUCCAUCACCACCAAAGGUGCCAAACAUAGCGCAACAAUACAAAGGAAUUUGUCCACUUUGUCAUAAGCCUCAUCGUAUACACACUGUGCUUAUGGUAUCCGGUUAUGUAUUUUGUUAUCAAUGCAUUCUAUCGGAAGUACGGAUAAAAAAGAGAUGUCCAGUAACACAUUAUCCUGCCAAAGAAGAUGACUUAAUACGUCUGUAUAUAGAAUAAUAUAUAUACAUACACAUAUCCGUAUACUACAUGCGACAUAUACAAAUACACAAAUAGGAUAAUGUAAAGUUACUUGAUGUUAUAUAAUUUUAAGUUAUCCUGUAUUUUAACGGGACACGUGCAAGAGAGUCAUAUUUUCCAUAACAAAAUUAUAUUCGAAAAAAUUUAAAACUAAUAAAUGAAGACUAUGUUAUAUAUAAAGUAGGAAUAGCACAUGUCGAACAUAUACAAUUUUUCAUUAUUUCUCUAAAGUUUUUAUGAUAGUCAUGCAUAUCUAAAUAUUUUGAUUACAUGAAUAAGAGAGUUUUCUAAUAUUUCUGAAGCAACAAUUGAAAAGUGGAUUUGAUUUAAUAUAUGAAUAAAAGAAAACUUGAUAAUGAAUUUUCGAAUUCUCAUAACAUCCUUGAUUUAUACAUAAUUCUUUGAAUGCAAAUUACAGUAUUCAUUUAUUAUAUUUAAGUUGGUCUUCAUUAAAAAUAAUUCCUCAGAUACAAUCUUAUCAGAAAAAGAUUACUUCUUCUGGCACAGACCUACAUUACUAUUAUACGUCCUGCAAGUGAACUCUGUUAUACUCUACGUAUACACGCGAGCGUGCGCUCACAUACAUACAAGCAUACAUGCAUACACACAAGCAUACACAAGUGACAGUAAAUAACAGAAAUUUUAAAUUUUCUGAAGGUA